AUGGGUCACGAUAUCGUCAUCUCCCGCCCUUCCGAGGCUGAUGCUGGGCGCAUCGCAGAAAUCCACAUCUCCGCCAUGGGUUCGAACCCACUCCUGCAUGCACAGUUUCCCACGCCAGAAGGUCUCCAGGCGCUUCGCCGCUUUCUCGAGGCCGAGACGCUCGACGAGAUUCGCGACGCAGUGUCUGGUGUUUUGGUCUCGCGGGAUGGCCCAGAUGGACCGGUGACUGGGUUCGUGAAAUGGACCUCCCCAUCCCAUCCCCAGGAUGUCAAGCUUGAAAGGGGCGAUAUUGUCCACCUGGAUGGAUGCUGCCGUCGAUUUUUGGAUGAAUACGCUUCGCUCGCCGAGCAAGCCAAGGAGAGAUCGAUGCGAGAUGAGCCGCCUUGCUACCGAUUGAGUUUUGUCUGUGCGGAUCCUGAAUAUCAGGGUAGAGGGAUAGGUACGCAGUUGACUCGGAAGGUGUUGGAGCUGGCCGAGGAGGACAACCUGGCGGUCUACCUGGAGAGCACCGAUGUGGCUGUCUCCAUUUAUCAACGACUUGGAUUCCAUGCUAUCGAUAGUUUCGAAAUGCAAAUUCCGGGCCGGCAAGAGACAGAGAGGGUGGUUUACAAGGAGGUGUGCAUGAUAUGGUACCCUUCUGGCCAAAGAUAGCAAUUCCCGGCCGACUAACACACACAACGAAUCGGUCCUUUCCCAAUGUCGGUCAUACAUUAUAGUCGAUAGUAGCAAAGAUAUUAUCCGGCCUCGGAUUGGCCAAUUUCAGAAAGCGUUGAACAAAAAGAAGAUUCCAACUGAUACACUUA